AUGUCAUCAUUUGCCGCCUCUGGUGGUCUUGACACCUCUGCACGUCCAGUGCCGUCGCCAUUAUUGGAGCUGACAGAUUCCAGUCAGGCACUUCCUAUUGCAACACGACAGUCACUGGAUAAUGCUUCGAAUACUGAAACCAAUGUUUCUGUCAUGGACGAGCUGCUGCUGAAGUAUCUCCAAACGCGGGGCUAUGAUAUCUCUAAACGAGACGCAUAUCAUCAUCACGUUACCGAAGAAGAACGAAGGCGAAUAUUAGGAGACCAAGCGGCACGAAUAGAGAACGCUAGUAUUCACAAAUACGCGCAGCAAAUGGGUUUGACUACCGAAGCUUGCACAGCAAAUCAUUUGCUGUUUUACGGACUCACAGACGGCAAUCCUGAAACUUAUAACGACGCGUAUGGGCAGUUGGUAGACUGGAUUUGCAACUCGUUGGACAUGUACCGCAACGAGUUGCACGCCAUUGCUUUCCCGAUCUUUGUACAUUGUUUUUUGGAGCUAUUGGGUAAGGGUUUUGUGGAAGCAGGCAGAAAUUUUUUCCACCGAUAUGCAGCGGACCACACGAGAUUGCAUUUGGAAGAAUUGCGAACACUGAGUCUCAUAUUUACAACGCAGCAUUUGCGCGAAAACGAGUAUGUGCGCGAAGUACUACACAGCAAGUUUAACGUAGAGAUCAGUUUGCUGUCUUUCGAGCUGCUUAUCACAUUUUUGAGCCAAACACAUCUGUUCUUAUUACUGGCGAUUGUUAAUGAGCGGGUCAACAUUGUUGUGACGUCGAAUCAACCUGGCUUACAAAUUCAGCAACUUCAGGAUACAUCUUCCCAAGACCAAAUUUUGAAUAAUUUAGAGGCGAAAAAUGAUGCAGCCAGUGGAUUCAAGACUUCAGACGAACUUGCAAAGAAUGUUGCAGCAUCGGAGCAUCCGAGUGAAAGUGAAAUAGCUGUACCUUUAACGACAGGACCUUAUGACAUGGACUACAUGGUUCGCGCAGCUAAUGGGUCGGCAGCGUCUACGGGGCCCAUGGGCUAUUCGGUGCUUGAUCUCAAUGCAAUUCCUGUACAGUGGGGAGUUCUUCCAGAACGCAAGGUUCAUGACCCUUUAGCAGAGGAAGACGAGGAUGACGACGGAAAAGACGGCGACAUAAUGCCUUCAAAUGGAGCAUUAGCGAAUAGCUCAAUAAGUGUUGGUGGUGAUGACGUAGGGGCAGUGGAUAGGGACAAGAAAGCAGACGGCUUAAAAGAUAAAACCAAGACAAGUACGCUGCUUUCCGACGCUAAUCGUAAGCACAAACGUGUAAAACUGUCUUUUGAUGGUUCAGCAGGCACAAGAAAAGAGGCUUUAGAGGAGACUGGCCCACUUCCAGAUCGGAAAAAUGCAUUCAACGCUGAGUUGAUGGAAAAACUCGUGCUUCGAGUGCCUGCCGACAUGAAAGAACAUAUUUUAGAAGACAUUCGGGUCCGAGCACCUGUAAGUCGAAGUGCUUUACCAUCAGCUUUAUGCUUCACGUUGCUCAAUUCAGCAACACAUAUUAACAAUAUGUGCUUUAGUGACGAUGUUACAAUGGUUGGCGCUGUCUGUGACGAUGCCUCGUUCCGUGUAUGGCGUAACGAUGAGCAUCCAUUGGGCACAGCAACAGGAUCGGUCUAUCAUGGCGGUACCCGACCAUCAUUUACUGAUGCAGAGGAAGAUGAGAGAAUGGCCGUAUUACGAGGUCAUACAGGUGCUGUGUAUGGUGCAAGUUUCUCUCCUGACAACCGGUUUGCACUUACAGCAUCGGCAGACUCGACUGUUAGAUUGUGGAGUCUAGCAGCAAAGAGCAACUUAGUCGUUUAUCGAUCGCAUCAAGGUGCUCCUGUAUGGGAUGUUAUCUUUGCACCACUGGGAUAUUACUUCGCCACCUGUUCUAUGGACCGGACUGCACGGCUCUGGAGCACGGAUCAUAUGAGUCCACUCCGUAUACUUGCAGGUCACUUAUCAGAUGUGGAGUGCGUGCGAUUUCAUCCGAAUCACAACUACGUGGCUACCGGCUCAAGCGAUAAGACCGUUCGAUUAUGGGACGUACAGACUGGUAGAUGUGUCCGUGUCUUCACGGGUCACUUUCGUGGGGUGCAGUCGCUUGCAUUUUCGCACAAUGGUCAAUAUCUUGCAAGCUCUGGUGAGGAUCAAUACAUAAAUAUAUGGGAUCUACAGGCUGGGAAACGUUUGGAGACUCUCAUGGGACACAAGGCCAUGGUCACUUCGCUGGACUUUAGCCGAGAGAGUACAAUUUUAGCUAGUGGGGGAUUAGAUUCGACCGUGCGUCUGUGGGAUAUGAAGGCGCUUACAGAAAAAUCGACAACAAUUUCUAAUAUCUCAGGUGCAAUGAAAGACUUGCAUGUAAACUCAUCGAUUACAGCCUCACCAAAAGGCGACAAACUCGCUGGUCGAAGCUGGUUUGUCAAACCGGUGCCAAUGGUACGGCCAGGAGGUAGACAGGAAUUGCCAUCUUCGCGAUUCCUACUGAAGACGCUGCGCUCAAAGCAGACACCCAUGUACCGUGUCCAUUUUACGCCACGCAACCUGCUGCUUGCUGGUGGUAUUUUCCAGCCAAAAUCGGAUACAUAG